CACGUUUGGAAAACUUUGUUGAGAAAAUCCUGCCGUUCAAAUCCCAUGACGUCGGUCGAAGAAGCGUUGGCGACGCUGCGCAGUAUGUUUGAAGUGUAUGACGAGGACACUCUGCUCGCUGUCCUUGAGGCGAACGAAGGUCACAUGGAGCGGACCGUUGAUGUCUUGCUCGCCAUGCAAGACGACAAUGUCGCAGCUGCGUCGGAUACCGCCGCUGCCUCAGGCACCCAACCCCCAUCGCUUCCACCUGCUGCCCCAUUCGAGACCGGUCGUGUCGCGUCUGCACAAAACCUUAUCCGCUCUCGUGGGAGCUUGCCAGACGAUUUUCUCCGUGUUCCGACUGGUGCGGACCAAGAAGCGCAGGAUCGCAUGCUGGCGGAAAUGCUGCAGAACGAAAUCUUUCGCGACGAAAUCCAGGCGGACAGCGACAUCACCACUUACAUAGGGGCGGACGGACGGCGCCAUCAAGCACAGCCUCCAGAAAAGUCGGCGUAUGACGUCGCGAACGAGACCAUGGUGGCCGUGGGCGAGCGUCUCUCGGACAUAAGCAUCGGCAUGUCCUUCCAUCGUUCUCCUUUUCACACGUAUGCAUAUCUAUAGCGGCGAAGAACAAGAUCUCGCAAAUGUACGCGCGGUUCCAAGCCAGUCGACACGCAUCCGACCCCACGUAACGUCCAUUCUUGGCAUCAACAUGCAUGUUACGUCCAUAUGCUGUAGCCACCGUCCCCUCAUGGCGCUCUCGGACGACGAAGAAGACGAUCGUCGGCCGCAUCUUGCGACCUCGGGCGACUUGUCCCGUCGACGUCCGAGCCACGCCAGCGCGUCCAGUCCUCGUCCUGCCACCGCCAGCCAAACCAGUUCCCAUUCGAAACAUGAUUAACCCUACUACUACAUAUGUACUACUCAAACACAGCGUUGUACUCCUAUUGAGUAUUUCGCCCUAGAAAUGUUAAGGCUAUUCGUUUACACCCAACAGUACUUUUCAUUGCCGAACCACGUCACAUGAUGCUUGUCGUCCACUCCUUCGCGCACGAGCAGCGACGGCAGGUCGUCCGUGCGCGUCGUCACAAACUCGGAGAAGGCCGCGGCGAGCCAGCGCUCGGGGUUCCACAGACACACACUCGCGAGGCUCCACUCGGCAGCUUGGGCCACGGCGGCGCGGACGAACGCGCGGCCAUGUGCCUCGCUCACGCGGCAGCGGAGGAUCGUCAGUUCCGAGUACUCAAAGUCGUGCGUCCACACCAUGUACUCCGUGGCAACGCCCUACAUAAGAAGUACAUGCAUUUGUGAAGGAUCUACAUGCAUUCUUGAAGGACCAUCAUUGUUGAAUGCUUCACCUUGUGAUCAAGCAAGUAAACGCCAAGCGAGCGGGGAGGAGAUGGAAAUGCUGUCUUGGUGCGGGCGUAAAAGUGGCUGCGGACUUGAAACCAAUGGACCAGCGACGGAGUGAGCAGGAAGUACACCGACGGAGGGCCGGUCUUGGUUGCUUGCUCCAUGUACAUCAAGUCGUCGCGACACACACGGUCGAGGGCUGAUUCGACCGGCAGGAGGUGGACGGCGGGAGGUUCAUUGGGCGGGAUCACAUGUGUGGAUGGGAGCACCAGCUCGUCGGCAGAGUGUACUUUCCACCCCUUGUCGCUGUAGAACCUUGGGCCAAUGUCAGAGUACAGGUUGGAGAUCACAACGCCAUCAUGGUCAUGGAAGAGCUCCACGAUUCGCUGUAGCAACAUGGCUGCAUACCCCUUCCUUCGAUGGUGCACAGGAGUGAAGACAGCGUCGAUGCUGUACCCGUACGUGCGUGUGCCCGUGUACAAACAAGGCCGCUUGAACACUUCCAAGUAGGCCAGGAAGUCCAGCGUGUUCGGAGCGGUCGUCGGCACCAGCACGUACGCAGUCAUGGCGGCCUCUGCGAACUCCGUCGCAUACAGGUCCUUCUCGCGUUCAAAAUAUUGCUCCAUCGUUAGGUACGGCGCGCCCCAUUCGCUAUGCGUGAGCUUGUCUGCAUGCUCCUGCUGCGCAUCCGACGCCACCUUGACUUGCAUAAG